AUGUCUCCUGCAUCAAACUAUAGUAAUAAUGAUAAUUAUUCAGAUUUAUCACCAUCAUCAGAUGUGGUAUCAUCAAAUAAUUCUUCACAUAAUAUAGAAUCUAUUGCUUCAAGUGCCACUCAUGAUUAUCCAGAAAUAAUGCCAAUAACAUCAAUUAGAUCAAGAUUAUCAUUUCAAUCUGCUACAUCGAAUUUAUCGAGAAUUCCAUCAUUAGCUAAAACUAUAUCAAAGGCUUAUACAGAUAUUAAAGAUGCGGUACAAGAUGAUAAUAAACAAACUGAUGCUACUUAUACUUCACAAGAUUUAAAUAAACUAUUAGAAUCAAGAUUUGAUCUUGGGGAUGCCCUUAGAUUGCAUAACGAAUAUAGAGAAUCAUCAUCAGAAAAUGAAUCUGGUAAUAAUGAUAUUGAAAAACAAAAUCAACCUUUAAGUUCACUUCCAACAAAUGCCUCAUCUAUUGAAUCUUCAUUUGCAGAGAGUCCCCUAUCGAUUGCAUCAAAUGAAGGAGUGACAAUGAAAAAGGAUGAAAAUGGUAAUGAUAUAAAAUUAACAACUACAGAAAAUGGAGAAACUUUAGCAAAAGUUUUCACUAAUAAAUCUACAGGGAAAAUUGAAUUACCUCCUGAUAAAGGUUAUGCAUGGGUAAUUGUCUUUUCAGUGUUUUUAAUUAUGUUUAAUACAUGGGGUUGUAAUUCUGCAUUUGGUGUAUUUUUAUCAUUUUUCUUAAAUAAUAAUAGAUUCCCUGGUGCAACAAGGUAUGAUUAUGCUUUGAUUGCAGGUUUAACUGUUUUCUUAGGGCAAGGUUUAUGUCCCUUCGUAGUAAUAAUUAUGAGAAUUGUUGGUUUAAAGACAACAAUGUAUUUUGGAACUUGUGUAAUGGUUACAGCAUUUGUUUUGGCAUCAUAUGCAACUAAAUUAUGGCAUCUAUAUGUGACUCAAGGUUUUAUGAUUGGUUGUUCCAUUUCUUUAAUUUUCUCACCAGCAACAACUCUUUUACCAGGUUGGUUCUUAAAGAAAAGAGCUGUAUCGAUGGGUCUCUCAUUAUUAGGUACUGGUGCUGGUGGUGUUACAUUUGGUUUAGCUUCAAAUAAAAUGAUUCAUGAUUUUGGUAAUACAAAGAUGUGUUAUAGAAUGUUAGCAAUUACUUGUAGUAUAGCUACAGCAAUUGCUGUAUCUUUAGUUAAAGAAAGAAGUCCCGUAAAACCAGUUGGACUUAAAUCUUUUACUAAGAUGAAAAAGGAAUUUAGUAAAAUGUUUUCAUGGAAAGUUAUUCGUCAACCGUUUGUUCCAUUAAUUGCUAUUUGGUUCACAUUAGCUUUAUUUGGUUAUAAUCUAAUGAUCUUCACAUUAUCAUCGUAUGCUGUGGCUCGUGGAAUGUCACAACAUCAAGGUAGUUCUUUAACUGCUAUUUUAAAUGGUGCUCAAUGCGUAGGUAGACCUGUAAUGGGUUUAUUAGGUGAUAGAUUUGGUAGAGCAAAUGUCACAAUCACUUUAACUUGUGUACUUUGUGUUUUCAUGUUUGGAUUUUGGAUUCCAGCUCAUACUUAUAUUCAAUUAAUCUUCUUUUCAAUUAUGGUUGGUUCUUGUGUUGGGGUUGCUAAUGUGAUGAAUACUGUAUUGAUCGCAGAUAUGGUUAAACCUGAAGAAUUCUUACCAGCUUGGGCCUUCGUUAAUUAUAGUGGUGCACCUGCAUUGCUGGUCACUGAAGUGGUUGCACAAGCAUUAACAGAUUCAAAUAACAAAUCAAAUCCUUAUUUGCAUACACAAAUUUUUGCUGGUUGUUGUUUUAGUGCAGCUUUAUUUAUGAUAUUCGUAUUAAGAGAAUAUGCAGUUCGAUUAAAAUUAACAAAAAGACAAGAAGAUACCGUUAGAAAAUUACAAGAGAAAGAAGAAGAAACUUCUAGUGAUAUUCAAACUGUUUCAGAACAUUGGGAUAUUUUGGAAAAGAGAGAAACUAAAUAUGAGCUUCUUCUGGGUAGCGGUGUCAAGAAAUAUUUUAUGAGAAUGGCAUAUCCAAUGAAAGUGUGA